AAAAAAAAAAAAAAAAAGGUUGAAUUUUUCGAUUCUUUUGCUCGUAAAAGCUUCGUUUGAUUCUCUAUCUGGGUGUGUGUGUGUGUGUUUUGUGGGUAGAGCUCUCUCCUGAAGUAGUAAAAGAAGAAGAUGAUGGUAGUGAACAACAGCUUUGAUCUAUGGCAAAAAGACGUUUUCUUCUCCGCAGCUGAAGAGGUUCAAAAAUCUGCUGAUAUAAUGGAGUCUACUUACAGAUUGUGGAUUAAAGAUAAGAAAGAUGAGAUCUGUAAAGAACUCCAAGCAGCUUUAGGUACAGCUAAAUGGCAGUUGGAGGAGUUUGAGAAAGCAGUCAGGUUGAGCCAUAAACGUUGUGGGGAUGAUGAUUCUGCGUUGACACGGCGUAAACAGUUCGUUACCGCUAUUGAGAACCAGAUUGUUCGCGUGGAAACUUCUCUGCAAGAGGCUUACAGUGAGAAUGGUAAAAAACCACUCCGUUGGAUUGAUCUUAAUGAAGAAGAGCGUGAUGACUUGGCCAUGUUUCUCUCUGGAUCUUCUUCUUCUCGAACUUCACAGAGUUUUAGUGGUGACAACAGCACUAACUCGAGAGAGUGUACUACUAAUAGUUCCCUAGUUGAUAAUCUUCGAGGAAUGGAAGUGAACUGUAGAAAAGAGACUAUCAAGAAAGUGAAAGGUUGUGGUAAUGGCUCUGAAUGUGUUAUAGACAUUGUAGAAAGCGUAAAUGCAGAUGCGAGGAUACGCCAAGUAGAGAAGUCAGCUGGGAUGAGAAGGAUAUGUAGUUCACCAAAUUUCAAUUCUUUGAGGAUUAUAGUUCCCGGUGGUAAUGAAGAAGUAAACGAGAAACUGGUGGCACAAAUCGAAGCUACUCCUAAGGUCAAAGGAACUAAGUCAGUAUUGUGGAUGCAGAGGCUUCCUGAUCACAAUCAGCUCUUUGACAAGACUGGUUGUUUCCAGAAUCCGAUACGCUUGUCAUUUAAUCACCCGAUUAAGAUCACUGUUUCCUUAAUGCUAAUGGUGUUCCUUCUAUUACCCUUCGUAGUGUAUUCAUCUUGAGAUCCAGCCACGGUUCGAAACUGUCAAGAAGAAGCCAAAGAGAUCAGCAGUUGCACCUAAUGGUUAGGAUUCAUCAUCCCACAAAAAAAUGUAGAGAGAUCAAUAAGCUUUUUUACUUUUCUGAAAUGUAAUUUGCAUAUAUUUUCCUUAAUUUGUUGCUUUGGUUGUUUACGAACAAAAUAUAGAAAAACAAACAAACUUGUAAGAUUAAGUAAAAGGGGUAGAAGUUUAUACUACGGCUUCGGCUAUCAUUGAUAAAGAUGUAAAUCCAAAAUAGGUUUCGUAGAUGUGUGCUAUGUUUUUUAGAACAAUUUCUCAAUAUAUUAUAGUAAGAUACA